CAGUUUUUACAAACUACUACCACGGCCCAAGGCCUCACAGUCUGACCAUCAACAAUACCAACUUAUUUCUGAACCUCUCCGACGAACGUUCGUCCAUGGGAAAUCAGAGUGACGGUCCGUCGGCCCCCCCGCAUGAGGGGCGGGAAACCGCCGUCCUGAGUCUCAUGCUGAUGCUGGGCACCUUGUGGCUUGGUCACACGCUCUACCAGUUCAAGAAAAGCCCGUACCUCCAUCCUCGCGUCCGGGAAAUCCUUUCGGAUUGCGCGCUGCCGAUUUCUGUCCUCACCUUCUCUGUGAUCGGAUCGCACUUCUUCGAGGAAAUAAAAAUGUCCAAAUUUAACUACAAUCAGUCGGAGAGCUUGUUCGUCUUGGCCCCCGUGAAAGAUCUCUACCUCGGAUCGGUGAUGAGCGCGAUGGGUCUGGGUUUUCUGCUCUCUAUGCUGUUCUUCAUAGAGCAAAACAUCGUGGCCUCGCUCACCAACGCCCCAGAGAACAGGUUGGUGAAAGGGACGGCUUAUCACUGGGACCUCCUCCUGGUAGCAAUGAUCAACACGGGGCUGUCCAUCUUCGGGUUACCCUGGAUCCACGCCGCCUUUCCUCACUCGCCGAUGCACGUCCGAGCCCUGGCCUAUGUGGAGGAAAGAGUGGAGAACGGUCACAUCUACGAGACGAUUGUGAGCGUGAAGGAGACGCGCCUGACCACGUUGGUGGCCAACUCUCUGGUGGGCCUCUCCCUCCUCCUCCUCCCUUUCCCUCUCCAGCUCAUCCCGAAGCCCGUCCUGUACGGGCUUUUCCUCUACAUCGCCUUGACCUCCAUCGACGGGAACCAGCUGUUUGAGAGGGUGGCCCUUCUGCUCAAGGAACAGACGGCCUACCCUCCGACGCAUUACAUCCGCCGAGUGCCCCAAAGGAAGAUCCACUAUUUCACUGGCCUCCAGGUCCUUCAGCUCCUCAUUCUCUGCAGCUUCGGGAUGUCCCCUCUGCCCUACAUGAAGAUGAUUUUCCCCCUCAUUAUGAUUGGAAUGAUCCCGAUCAGAUACAACCUGCUUCCCAGCAUCAUCGAAGCGAAAUAUUUAGACGCCAUGGACGCCGAACACUAACCGCGCGACCAUUUCCAUCCUGGCGACGUUUUGGUCUUCCGGAUCAGAAAGGGAGCUGCCUGAGAGACCGACCCCGAAUCGCUCUUUUGGACGUUGGUUUCCUUCUGCGACCUUUGUUUUCUACUGCACUACAACUCCUACCCAAAUUCCUGACUCCAUUGACCGACCAAGUGCCGCUGCCCCCUCCCCCGGUUUCAGGGUGUGAGGAGGAGGGAGGGGAAGAGGCACAAGCGAGGAGCGAGGAAACCUCUCCCCUCUUUUAUAGACGGAUCGCUAGAAAACGCUCUGGGUCCCUUUUUUUUCGUUGGACGUGAAUUCUAUGCAAAUUUCGGGAGCUUCGUCGUUCGGCCUCUCGUGGUCCUUGGACGUCUGUCGUCUUCUGAACGAGACAUCCUCCCCCCCCUUGUCCUCCCCGAACAAGGAGGUUGCCGGGAAACACCAAGAUGUCCUCCCCGUGGAAUUUUCACCCUCUCGUUCCAUCGGGGGGCCACCUUCGCACGCGGCGAGGGUGCGGAAGCGCGUUUCGGCGGAACCCAGAACCCCGCCGUAGGAAAACAAGACUUGCUUCGGAAGCUGCUUUCCGUACCGCCGCGGUGACUUGGCCUGGCAGCUUCUCCUCCGACGUGCAUUAUGACUUGAGCCUCUCUCUCUUUGGCCUCGGGUAUCAAGUACUAACUUCCCUGUACAUAAUAUAUAUAGCGGAUCUCGAUUUUCUGUAUAUAUUUUGCAUAUCAAUACCGUAUCCCUGGGUAUCCGAUGCCUGUUUUUUUUCCAGGGACUAAAAAGGAGUUUUGUGCAAUCAGUGUUAACUCGUACUGUAACCCCCCUCGUUCUUUUAUCCCCCCCCUUUUUUUUUAUUCUUACAGACUGCUGUUUUGUGUUAUUUUUCUGUCUCUCCUUGUUUACAUGGAUUGCUGACAUGAAUUUGGGGUGGGGGGGGAUUGUUGGUUCUGGCCUUUAAUUCCCAUCUCUCGGGAUUGCUGCUGGCGUUGGAAAAUGGUGGGAUUUUGGGACGGGUGGGGGGGAUAUUUGAUUGCCGUGGGCCAGCUUUUCACAGCUUGGUGCCUUUCCAGUGGGCUUGAGGGGAGGAGGGUUCGAUUCCCAUCGUCCACAGUUGGCCCAGGAGAAUGGGAGCUUCAGCUCGAGAACCAUCCAGAGAAGGUUUUUUUAAUUCCGAAAAAAGGGUUACCAAAAAUCUGAUCUCGUUGCUUUUUUUUUUUUUGUUUUGGAAUUUCUAUCGUGGGCUUCCCUGUUUUCUCCCCUCCUCCCCACGAAAUUGUAUUUCUGGAAUGAUGUUCAAAAGUUUGUAAUUUUCUCCGGAUUAUCCCUAGUUUAUGCAUGGGGCUGUUUUGUCCCCUUCGACUCUCCUCCUGAAGCCUGCCAAAAGAAAGAAAAGACAUGUUAUAUUUGA